AUGAAUAUCCUCUCGUCUCUGGCGCCGCCGUCGAGCUUCCAGAUUGGCAUCCGGGCCGUCUCCCGACAGAGCGAACGGAUACUCUACACAGCCUCCGCCCGCCAGUUUGCGACCGUAGCCCGGGUCGCGCCCUUCAAGACAGGAUGCUGCGGUCGUAGUACACACGCGGUUGGGCUUCUGCGUCCCUCCAGAGCCCUUCGGUACGAAUGGACGCAAUCCCAUGGGUUACUACCGCGGACAACGGUGCGGACGGCCUUUACGUUUCGCGCCAUCGUUCACUACAGUCUGCUGCCCAACGACUACGAGGAUGCGAACGGGCUCGCUUAUCGGAAAGAAGACCUCACCCAGACCGAAGUCAACAAGAUAUUCGGCGCACAUAUCACGGCGCGAGAUGCCAACCAGCUCCUCAAGAUAAUACACGGCCGGAGGGUUGCCGGCACGUUGGACGACCCGGAUCUCCAACAGAAUACGGCGCAUUUCCUGGCCGCGGACAAGAUCAAGGCGUUGGAGUACCUACGCAAGAAUAUCCCGGUGGACGAGGUCAUCAACGCCGGGCUGCGCGCCGAGGACGAGUUGCGACUACUGGAGGAACAAGAGUCCGAGUUCAACAGCCAGGAGGCCGAGGAACAAUUCGAAGAGACGAGUCCUCAGAAGACUCCUACCGCAAAGGAAGUCGAGGAACAGAGGCUGGCACCAACCGGGAGACUGCCAAGACAAGACGACUCCGCGUACGGAGAGGGCGUCUUCGACCGCAUCCGCAAGCGCAAUGAAGCCAAGCACGCGGCCGAACAGGAGCGCCUCGAAGCUGAGCGCAUCAAGCGCGAAGAGGAGGAGGCUCUAGGGAACAUCGGAACGCUGCAGACCCAGCAGGCAAAGCCGAGGGAGCUGAGCCCGUUUGUGAAGAAGUACACGGAGCGGGCCACUUCGAGCCUGGCGGAACCACCGAAGAUGGCGGCUUGGGAACGCCUGCUGCCCACGGCGGCAUUCGUGCUCCUGGUCCUUGGAGCAUGUGCCGUCCUUGCCGCUUACUACACUCCUCCUAAACGGAACUGGCGGAUGUGGCCGGACAUACCUCCCGCCGCCGCAACGUGCAUUGCGUUGAUUCUUGGUAACUUUGCCGUGUUCGCCCUGUGGAAAUUCCCGCCGGCCUGGGUUGUGUUCAACAGGUACAUGCUGUUGGUCGCCGCGACUCCGCGCCCACUGCAGGUCAUCGGCGCCAUGUUCUCGCAUCACCAAGCAACACACAUGAUCGGGAACAUGGUCGCCCUGUGGUUCUUUGGCAUCCGGCUGCACGACGACAUUGGCCGCGGCAACUUCCUGGCGCUCUACUUUGCCUCGGGCGCUGUUGGUUUCCUGGCCAGUCUGUCGAACCUGGUGCUGUUCCGCGGCCUGCAGUUCACCACGCUCGGGGCGUCGGGCGCCGUCUACGGCAUCAUGGCCGCCUUCUUCUGGCUGCACCGGGCCGACGAGUUCAAGAUCUUUGGCUACCCGCCGGACCCGUGGUCCGGGCCCACGGGCGCCGUCUUCCUCGGCCUCAUUGUCGGCCUGCACAUCUGGGCCGGCCUGUUCUCCAGGAACGCGGCAGCGUUCACCUACGACAUUGCAUCGCACGUGGGAGGCAUCUCGGCCGGCAUGCUGGGUAUUGAGUGGAUUCAGAAGUCCAUGGACAGCAAGGCCGCGGCCAAGGUCAAGGACGACAAGCACAACAGCAUGGACGUGCUCGGUAAGGUCGUUGAGCAGAAGCCCAAGACCGACAACUAG